AUGGCUUCGGCAGAGACUGCGUUCGGCGACCGGCUGCGGCGACAGAGGACGGGCGGGACGGAGAUUCCGGCGCUUGUGCCCUUCCGGUUGGCACUGCUGGCGCGACUGGGGCCGGGGUCGGAGCACAUGGUGGAGGCGCGCGGGGCCGAGGUGGUGGCGUACGGCUGGCCGGAUGUGGCCGGCAGCGAGGCCAAGGUCCUGUUCUCUGCCCGCGAUACCAUCAACGCCAUCGCGGUUGACGUUGGCGAGCAGGGCGCGAUAGUGCGGGUGGCGGCUGUCGAUGAGGCCGGGCAGCUCACGGUGGCCAAGAUCGCCAAGGGCGAGCCGGCCCGGCCGGACGAGCUCGUCGUGGCGGCUGUCCACACUUGGCUCAACAGCGAGUCGUCGUGGGGCGUGGCGUUUGGCACCGGGCCGGCCGCGGGUCUCAUCGCGGUCUCGGCCAACUCGCACGACAUCGCGCUGGUCCGGCUGGAUGACGGCGACGGCUCGGGACUAACGCUGGAGGCGCGCCUCGUCGGGCACCAUCACAAUGUGCCGUGCGUGGCGUUCUCGGAGAGUGGCAGCCUCUACUCGGCAUCGAUCGAUGGGAGCUGGCGGAGGUGGGAGGAUGACGGCGAGGCGAACUGGCUCGAAGCUGCCGCUGUUGCUCUGCCGCCGUUUGACAUCGGCGGAGAACAGUGGGCAUGGGCGGUGCUCCCGCUCCCACAUGGAGCGGAGCGGGUAGGUGAGCCUCGGUCGAGGCUGGAGCUGCUGGAGCACGGCGCUUAUGUUCUCGCGGCGCAGCUUGCGCCCAUCUCCCAGGCCAUCGGGUUGGCUCCGGCGCCGCAGCGUGCGGCGCUGGAGGCCAUCAUCGAGCAUGGUCACAAGGUGCAGCGGACUGGGGUUGACCCGGUACUUCAUGCCCUUGCCAGCAGCGAUGACGGUGACGACGACGACGACCCGCCGUCGAUGAUCGCGUACGAGCGGAUGGCUCAGGCGAUGCUUCCGGACGGCAUAGCUUGGGAGGAGUACACUGCGUCGCCGGCGUUGAUGGCGCAGCGAGUGGUGCGCAGUGGCGUGGAAGAGUCGCCGCGGCAGCUUGUCGCUGUCGCCGGGCGGUUGCUCUACGUUUAUGAUGAGGCCGGCGGGAGCGCCCGGCUUCUCGACACGUGCGACGUCUUUCCGUGGGAGCCGCUGGCACCGAGCAUCUCUGCCAUGGCGCGGCUCACGUUUCUGAGGUACCUUUCCGGACUCGGCCUGCUUGUUGUGGCGUCGCAGGGGCACAUGUGCUUGUGA